AUGGAUAGUCUCUUGCUUAUUUUUUUCGAACUAUGGUCUUCCUUCAAGAAGGAAGCGUCAAGAAGCCUUAAGGCAUCUCUCAUAGCUGACUCAAAAGCAAACAGGAAUGGCAAGAGUAAAGACACCAUUGUCGAAAUGAGCUGGGAUUUAGGCGUUUUAUGCAUUAAUAGUGACGUUCACCUUUCAGUUGUGCCGCGCGGUAUUCGAAUAGGGUACAAGAGCGUUGUGAUUUUCGCCUCCGCGGGAUUCCUGUCAACCGAGCUAGAGGAUGCUAGAAGUGAAGGCCUCAUGAUAAAAGGGGUAUCGCAGCAAUUGUUCAAUUCUCCUAUCAACACGCGACUGCCGAAUCUCCCUUCCCUAACGAGCCUAGCAGCCAACGAAACGUCAGGAAGUCUGUUGACCUCACGCCCCAAGAUGCACUCCAAAAUCGUCGCUACCGCCUACUUCAAAACCACACCAGGGUAUAUCGGAAAGAAACCGUAA